AUGUGGGAGCCCUGGCUCUCCCAGCCCCAGGCUGUGGAGAGGGUGCUGCGGGGGCUGCUUGACAUGCUGAUGGACCCGCUGAUGCGCCAGACUUCCACCUUCACCCAGGAUGAUGCAUGCAUCCUCUCCCUGGCUUCAACCAGAAUGAUAACAAAGAUCCUCGUGCAGCCCACCCACCCGCAGGUGGUGGAGGCGAUUUUCCCCCGGCUUUUCCUGGCACUGCUUCUUCAAGUGCCUUUCGCCAGGGAGCUGAUAUUGCAGGAGGUGCAUAUCUUCUGGCAGGAGGACGAACAGGAUCCGCUCACUCCCUUGAGGUCCCUGGUGUACUCCAUGAGACUACUGCUCUGCAGCAUGGGCUUUGAGGAGCAGGUGCUGGCCAUCGAGGUGCAGGGUGGCUGGGAUGCCCUGCUCCGCACUGAGACCCACCUCUUGGGAGUGUGCAUCAUGGCCAGGGAGAUGACAAAGACCCCAAAACACCUGUGCUCCACCAUCUUCUUCUGCCUGGCAGAGCUCCUCAGUGUGGAGGACCCCAUCCAGGAGAUGGUCACCAUGGCCUUUCUGAUCGAGAUGCUGGGCUGCACCAACCUCAACGAAGAGCAGGACCAUGCCCUGGAAAUCUUCGCCACCUAUCUGAAGAGCCAGCAUCCGGAGAUGCCCAGACUGGUGCUCAGGGGCAUCCUCACGCUCACUGAGAGGCCAGACAUAGCAAAGAAAUCCCUCGUCCUGCUGCCUAUCGUCAUGGAGCAGCCAGAGGAUGGCGACGGUGAUGCCAGUGACAUGGUCCUGCCCAUGCUUGCCAACAUGCUCUGGCUCCAGGAGGUGACGGAGUCCAGCCGCACUGCGCUGGCGCUGGCUGACAAGCUGCGGUGGCUCUUCGACAACGAGUCGGGCACUGAUGAGAGCAUGGCCAAGGCCUCCCAGGAAGCCCUCUGCAGCGCUGGCCGGUUCCUGAAGUGGAGGCAGUUGGUGCAGCUGGUCGAGAAUGCGCAGGCGUGGAAGAUUGGUGAGUGCCUGCUGGCCAGGAAGAAGAGCAGGGCCAAGGACUACCUGCACCAGAGCCAGCACUACCUGCAGAACCCACAGGAGCUCCUGUGGCAGGAGGCUGUCAGGUUCCUCGGUCUCUUGGGAUGGCAGGUGCUGCAUUGUGAGAUGAAGUACAUAGAGAAGCCCUCCAAGGCACCAGCAAAGAUCCCAGCCCCACAGUCACCUCCCUGGCGAUUCAGACACUCCACAUCCUCGAAGCAGGAGGAGGAGGAGGAGAGCCCAACUCGAGGCUUAACCUGCAAUGGCUUCGCUCGCAGCUGCAGAAGGCACGGUGGAGGUGGCACCCAGCCCCCAGCGAGGCCUCUGCUCAGCGGGUGCUGGUGCCUGUGGGGGUAG